AUGCUGUCAUUAGACGAACCUCUGGACCUGAAAGUCCCAUCAGAGAGAAACAGGACAAUACACAGAACCUCCAUCUGUGCCCCUCUGCACGCACGAACCCGCCAGUUACGCCCAAGGAUACCUGACCCCUGCUCCCCUCCAGCAGUGGAUCUUAGCCUGUCCCCCUCUCCCCGUCACGCCUCGUCCCCUCCCUCCCCCCCAGAGCGACUCUCUGACUGCAGCCCUCCAGGCUCCUCUCUGGCUGGGGAAUCAGUCCAUUACCUGGAGGACAGUGCCUCUGCACAAGAGUUCCGGUAUUUUCUGCCCAUUGAGGCAAAGGACUUGCCUUCCUCUGUGCUCAUUGGUCAGUCUUGUGCUGGGCAAACUUCUUCCGAGCCCCCUGUGAAUAAACACCUGGCAUGUGGUUGGUUGAAGUGUCGCUUGCUUUUUGACUCCUUGCAAGACCUUGUGGACCAUGUUAAUGAUUUGCAUGUUAAACCAGAAAAGGACUCCAGGUACUGUUGCUACUGGGAGGGGUGUGUCCGGAACGGACGCAGUUUCAAUGCAAGGUACAAGAUGCUAAUUCAUAUUCGCACACACACAAAUGAAAAGCCCCACCAUUGUCCAACUUGUAGCAAGAGCUUCUCACGCCUGGAAAAUCUGAAAAUACACAACCGCUCUCACACAGGAGAGAAGCCGUAUAUCUGCCCGUACAAGGGUUGCAACAAGCGCUACUCCAAUUCCAGCGACCGUUUUAAACACACUCGCACACACUACGUGGACAAACCUUACUGCUGUAAGAUGGUUGGCUGUCUGAAACGCUACACGGAUCCUAGUUCCCUUCGCAAACACAUUAAAGCCCACGGGCAUUCUGUGGCACAGGGACGCAUUUUCCAUUCUGGCUACCUGACGGCUCCUGAUGCAAAGCCUGGCCUUUGUAGAAAAACAUUGGAUGUUUCCUACCAGGGUGGGGCUCACGUUAUCCUGCCUGGAGCGGUGCUGGCAGCUCUGCUGGAACCUCACGGCUUGCAGGGUUUCAGGGGACCUUUAGCCACCCUCCGCCAACAGCCCCUUGGCUUGAGUUGGCAAGCCAGGCUGGCGGCUGGAUGCUCUUUCCUCUCCGGCGGAGUAAGUCCCAGUUCGGGCAGAGGUUCCCACUGGUCCCCCACGGUUCUACCUGGUCCUCUGUUAGAGAUGGGUGUGCACCAGAGUAAUGAAGAAGAGAGAGAGGUAGAGGAGGAGAGAGAUGAAGAUGCAGGAAGGGGACAUGAUUUCCAGUCCUGGGUGGUCUUCCCUCCCGGUGCGCUGGUUCUAAGACCAACAGUGUUCAACUGA